UCAUAUAAAGACACCGAAAGCUCGUAUUUCCAAUACUAAAACUGACAAGGGUUUUACAAAAUCUAGGGUUUUAGUUUUAAUCAGAGAAGCCAUAUGGCGGAGGAAGCAGCGAUAGAAGUCAACGAGACUAACGAGGCCAUCGAAGACAUGGAUCUCGAAGCAGGCGGAGACGAAAACGCCGAGUCCAAGGCGAAGCGUUCGAGGGAGGAGGAAGAGGAGGGGGACGGGAACGGUGAUGUUUUGAAGAAGCAGAAGCUUGAUGAGAACGAGAAGUCGAUGGAGGAGGAGCGGUUGGAGAAAAAGCUAGGAGGCACGGAGGAGAAUAAUGGCUCGGGUCUGGUCACUUUGGGUCCGAAGGUGUUCCGGUCUUCGGUUGAGAUGUUCGAUUACUUUUACAAGAUUCUUCACUUUUGGCCUCCCAAUUUGAAUGUCAACAAGUAUGAGUACAUGGUGUUGCUUGAGUUGCUGAAACAAGGUCAUGCAGAAGCUGAUAGAAAGAUUGGAGGAGGUGUGCAAGCUAUACAAGUCCGGUACCACCCAACUUGGAAAAGCAGGUGCUUUUACGUCAUUAGAGAGGAUGAAUCUGUCGAAGAUUUCAGCUUCAGGAAGUGUGUGGAUCAUAUACUCCCCUUACCUGAAGACAUGAAAAUUAAAGCUGAUGCCAACAAGGCAUUGGGUGGUGGCGGUGGCAAGGGUCGCGGAGGAAAAGGUGGCCAUGGAAGAGGUGGGCAUGGCCGUGGGAGAGGUGUUAAGUCUUAAAUUUAUAUUGGGAUGGAGUUGGUCCCCGAUUGAAAGUGGUUUGUAGACUCAUAUUCUGUGUAUCCAGCUAAACUGCUGUAUUAUCCAAUUUUUUGGUAUUAAAACUUAUCCUUAAUUAUUGUGGCCAAA